AUGGAAGUUAAUAUACCUGAAAAUAGCAAUGCGAAGUACCGAGUUCCAGUAAAGGUCAACGGUAAUGUCCUUCUUGCUCAUAUCGAUUUAGGAAGUGACUGCACUUUAAUUCGAUUGUCAGAUGCAGAGAAAUUAUGUGUUAAAUGGCAGGCUGUUGAUUCUCCCGUUCUGAAAGGAUUAGGAAAUACUCCUUAUCGACCAUUAGGAGUAACGUACGUAACUAUAGAUAUUCAAGGUGUAGUUGAAGAAAAUGUAAAAGCAUUAAUAGUAGACGACUACAUGAUAAGCCAUCCUAUACUCAUUGGACACACGUAUACUGAGCGCCCUACAAUAGAAAUUAUUAAAACCCCUUCAGAUUUGAUUAUAAAGCGAAGUAACUUCCAAAUUGAAAAUGUUAAGAUACCUCUUGUAGUUUCUGAAAAGGUAGUCUUAAAACGUGAUGGCCUUUCUAUAAUUUGUGCUAAAUCUGAAAAGGAUAUUUCUGGUUCUAUUUACGUUCAUGGGGAUAUCAGGGGACCCCCGGGCAAAGAAUAUUUCUUAUUACCGGGCCAAUUUGAAAUAAUAAACGGAAUAACAAAGCUACUGGCUCAAUGUUUAAGCGACAAUACGGUCGAGAUAGGCCACGGAACUUUAAUAACUCGUGCACGUAGCAUAACUAAUAAUUGCAACGACAUGGCCUCUGUUUUAAAUAUAAACUUAGAAGAUGAGUCGAUAACUUUAAACUGUGGACUUGUGGAUCCCGAGCAAAAGAAUAAACUAGCUGAUUUACUGGACAAGUACAAAGGAUGUUUUUCAUCAAAUUUGCAUAACUUGGGAUUCACUACAGCUGCAGAGAUGGUCAUUCAUCUAAAAGAUUCAUCACCGAUAGUAUAUAGGCCUUAUCGGUUAUCUUUUGCCGAUAGACAAUUAGUCCGUAACAUGAUUCAGGAAAUGCUCGACUGUGGAAUUGUUCGGGAGUCUGCUUCGCCUUAUGCUAGCCCGAUAGUUCUAGUACAAAAGAAAUCUGGGGAAAAAAGGUUAUGUGUGGACUAUAGAGCGCUUAACAAUAAAACAAUUAAAGAACAUUACCCCUUACCACGCAUCGAAGACCAACUAGAUUUACUGAGUGGGAGUAAAUUAUUCAUCACUCUGGAUCUCGCAUCUGGUUAUUACCAGAUUCCGAUUGAGGAGGGGUCCCGUGACAAAACUGCGUUUGUAACACCAGAUGGGCAGUUCGAAUAUACCAGGAUGCCGUUCGGGCUGGUGAAUGCACCAUCUGUAUUUCAAAGAGCAAUGAAUAAAAUUCUAAACAAAGCACGAGUAAAAUAUGCUCUCGUCUACAUGGAUGACAUCCUGAUCCCAGCAAAAACCUUUGACGAGGGCUUAUUGCGUUUGGAGGAAGUCCUCGCACUUCUAAAAGAAGGUGGGCUUACGCUAAAGUUAAGCAAAUGUAGGUUCUUCUUUGACAAAAUUGAGUACUUGGGAUUCGAGAUAAGCGCUGAUGGAGUUCGUCCAGGAUCUCUUAAAACUGAUGCUGUUUCGAAAUUCCCAACUCCUCUAAACCAACACGAUGUGAGAAGAUUCAUCGGUUUGGCGAGUUUUUUUAGGCGGUUUAUAAAAGAUUUCGCUAUCUUGGCACGACCGCUAACAACAUUAUUGAAGAAAGAUGUCAAAUGGCAAUGGAGUUAUGAAGAACAAAAAUCUUUUGAAACCCUUAAGACAAAAUUAGUCCAACGACCAGUACUAGCUCUAUAUAAUCCAGAAGCAGAAACACAACUUCACACUGACGCUAGUAAGUUGGGCGUUGCAGGCAUACUUCUACAAAGAAAUUCUAAUUGUAUUCUCCAACCUAUUGCCUAUUAUAGUCGUCAAACUAACCCUGAUGAACAGAAACUUCACUCUUUCGAAUUAGAGACUCUGGCGGUAGUAGCGUCUCUGAACAAAUUCAGAGUGUACCUACUAGGCAUAAAGUUUAAAAUUUUCACAGAUUGCAAUGCACUACGCACAACCCUUACCAAACGUGAUCUAAUUCCGCGCAUUGCCCGCUGGUGGAUACAGUUUCAAGAGUUUGAUUGUACUAUUGAACACAAACCGGGCGAAAAAAUGGCGCAUGUCGAUGCAUUGAGUCGACAUGCUAUACCCGAUGUGAGUACAGAAAAUCGCGUUCUUGACAUCCUUACGGUAAAUGCGGAGGAUUGGAUCGCAACCGUCCAAGAUGACGAUGAGAACAUAAAACAUAUCAAAGACGUACUUUCAAAUCCUAAUUCAGAGAAAAUUAUGGAUAUCAUCAAAAACUACAAGUUGAAAAAUGGUAGGGUCUAUCGGAUUUUGGAUGCAGACACAAUCAGAUGGGUGGUACCAAAAGGGGCGCGUUGGCAGAUUCUGAAAGCUAAUCAUGAUAACGUAGGUCAUUUUGGGUUCGUAAAAACUUUAGACCGAAUACAAGCCAUGUAUUGGUUCCCCAAGAUGAGAAGAUUCGUAAAAAAAUACGUCAGCGCGUGUUUAGAAUGUGCCCACCAUAAAACAACUGGUGGACUAAAAGUAAAUAGUUUCCAUCCAAUUCCUAAAAUUGACAUACCCUUCCACACUAUCCAUGCCGACCAUUUAGGCCCUUUCAAUAAGAGCAAACGAAGGAAUAGCUAUAUUCUAGUCAUAGUCGAUGCCUUUACCAAAUUUGUUAAUUUAACAGCAGUGCAAAAUACGAAAUCUACAACAACUAUUCGAAUAUUUAAAGAACAUUUUAGUUAUUUUGGAACUCCCGCUAGACUUAUAACCGAUCAGGGUACAACCUUUACAAGCAAAAAGUUUCGGGACUUUAUAGUUUCUAAGGGUAUUAAACAUGUCCUUAACGCUGUCGCCACCCCUAGAGCGAAUGGCCAAGUAGAGCGGUACAAUCGCACAAUUCUGGCUGCACUCGGCGCAAUGACCCACGAAAAGCCUAUAAAUGUGUGGGAUGAGUACCUGCCUGACGUUCAACUUGGAGUCAAUACCACUGUUCAUGCCAUUACGAAAAAAACUCCAACAGAGCUUUUAUUUGGCCAUAGAAUUACAAAUCCUUCCGAAGGGAUCCUUAAUGACAUAAUCGAGGACGUUAAUGAAAAUGAGGUUACCCCUAACUUAAACACCAUCAGACAGGGUGGAAAGCUUCUUAUAGAUAAGCAGCAACAUAAAUAUAAAGAACGAUCCGAAACUCGCGUGAAAAAUAACAUAGCCCUUAAGGUAGGCGAUCUUGUAAGUGUUUUGAGAACUAUCCCUAGCCAAGAAGGGCAGUCUCUAGAUGUGAAUUGUUUUAAACUACAACAAGUUCUUAUCUUAAGUAGACAUAACUUAAGAACUCCGCUAACUAGUAACCUUAAAGACACGUCACCCCAUAAAUGGCCCAAAUGGAAAUAUGAUUACGGAUAUUUAACGGACAAAGGUGCUUUGUUAGAAAGUUACAUGGGCGAAUAUUUUAAAGAAUGGCUAAAUGAGCAAGGAUUAUUGCCGCCCGUAUGUCCAACAGCUGACGAUGUAUUUGUUUAUGCAAACACCAAACAACGCACGCGUGAAUCGGCGAAUGCUUUCGUAAGAGGUGCAUUCAAAAGUUGCAAUAUCAGUGCCUACAGCAUAAACUCGGAAAAAAUGGAUCCUGUUUUCAAUCCGAUUCUUCGCGAUACUUCAGAGGAAACAAAGCGAAAAAUAAUUGCGGAAUUGGAAAACAAAUUAAGGGAAUUAGACCUCGACGAAGCUUACACACACCUAAGCGAAAUUCUCGACUUGAAAAAUUCUCAUAUUUGUAAAAAUGAUUUAUUAUGUGAUUUUUCACAAUUUAAAAAUGAAAUCGUGUAUGUAAUAGGACAAGAACCUCGUAUUGUAGGGCCAUUAAAUACGACUAAUAACGUAAUGGAUGCGAUUAUUAUGAGUUAUUACGAAGGCAUGGCUAAUGAAGAUGUCGCGUGGGGUAAAAUAAAUAAAGCACAGCAGUGGACGUUAUUGACUAAGAUAAUUCGAGAAAACCAAAAUGUCCGCUUUAAUAGUUCCACACUCGGCAGAAAUGUAGCUAAACCUUUAUUAAAAUACAUUCAAGGUGUUUUUACAGAUAUUCCGCCACGAAAAGUGACAGUACUCUUCGGUCAUGAUUCAAACCUUAAUUCAGUUAUGGCUGCUUUGGGAUUGAAGCACUAUGAAUUACCAAAUCAUUAUGAAGCAACCCCACCAGGAGGGAAAAUCGUUUUCCAAAAAUGGCACGACGAAAAAAUGAAUCGAGAUUUACUAAAAAUCAAUUAUGUUUAUCAAACGAUCGACCAAAUACGAAAUACUUACUAUUUAUCAAGCAAAAACCCGCCUUUUUGGGUAGAUCUGGAGUUAACAAAUUGUAGCGUAGACAAAAACGGAUUCUGUCCUUGGGAGAAAUUUCAAAAAAUGUUAAUAUCUAUCAAUUAA